UUAUAGGACGAGCUUCUUCGUCGUACAGUGUAUGGUUAUGAGCUCACAUGGGCGAGCUGAGCCAUAGACCGGGAGGACUAGCACUGGUGAAAGAGCUUGGACAGACAAAGGUCCACACUAGGUUGUCUUUCGAGCCCAGAUCGUCCGUCAGAGACCCAUGUGUCUUGCUCGUGGCAUUGCGUUUGCAGAGGGAUUGCACAAGUUCGUGGCAAGAACCUCGAACAUCAACCACGCAAAGGCUUGUCAAACCGUAGCCGAACAUUUGCUCUUCGGCUUCCCAGCUAAAAUCGAAAAGUCGGUGAAAAGAGGCCCUGAAGAGUCGUUAGCCAAUUACAGCACGCAAUGUCGCAAAACUACACUACGAAGCCACAAAAAGUGCCUGUACUUUGCCUCCGUCGAGUCCGAGGAAACGGUACGUCCACCGAUCAUGGCGACGACUAUAGAGAAUACACAUUGUGGACUUUACAACACUCACCAGCAUGACUACUCCUGAUUUCCUCUCCGACACAGACUGUGAGAGUCUCCUCGACUUUCUCUUCUCCCCGGCAGUUCCUUCCCUCACUUCUGGACGAUGUUGAAAUCAUGACCAGCCUAGCAAAGAACAUUGUAUACUACCCCGCCCACAACUUCAUCUCUGACACAGAGCUAGAGUAU